UCGGCAAGUUUGUAAAAUACUUUGGUUUUCGGUUAAUUGGUUAGUUUAUUUAUUUAUUUUUUAAAAAAUUGUUAACCAAAUUUUUGAACUGAAAUUACCUAAAUUUAACCAAAAUAUAAUCGAAACAAAAAUUCAGUCAUUUUGGUAAAAAAGAAAAAUUAAACCGGACUAACAAAAUACUGAAAAGAACUGACCCAAACUUUUUUCCGAGUCAAACCGAAAUAUCCAAAUUCUGAACUGCCCUACUUGAAUUACUUAAACUGCUAGAACCCACAUGCCUAGGCUCACCUUUGAGUGUACUUUGAAUAGCUCAAAUAAGGUUGAUUAGACCAUGAGACAUUUGGUGAACACAAACUAAAUUAUACGCAUACGUGACACGCCAUGCAUAGCCAGUAUGGUUUAGUUUCGUUUUAAAGACAUGUUCGGAUAUGUAGAUUAUAUAGGGGGUUGCAAAACGAAUUAUCCCGUUCAAUUUAGCUCACCUUAUGAUGAGUUCAAAUCUUUCAUAGCUCAAAAGUUUCAUGAAGGCGUUGUGGAAAAAAUAUUUAUUAUUAGAUUAACUCUUCCUAUAUUUCUUUGAUCAAGCAUAAUUGAGUCUUCGUGAUUGUACUGUUUACAUUGGGGUCCUCGCGUUCGUGGCUUGGGGUCCUCACGUCUCUAGGCCAUUGACCGGUUUGGCGCUCUCGAAGUCUGUAUAGCGGGUUUUGGAUCGGUUUUCAAUAGUUUGUGUUCUAAAUCCCUUCUUCGAUAGCGUUUGUGUGUUAUGGAGGUGACGGUUAUAAGUUUCGAGAAGAUCAUCGAGACCUAGCUACUCCAUAGACGACACGGGAACUCCCGGCAUCCGAGACGACAAGGAGAACCUCACUUUUUCGUGAUCAUCGAUGACGGUUGAGAACAGAAAUCGAUUUUUUAUGUUUGCUAAAAACAGACUAGCGGAAUGUGACGGGUUUAGUGGGUGGGCGAAGCUAAUAUUGUAAUUAGUAGACUAGGAAGCUUUUGUUUGAAUCGAGCUUGUAACCGAAACCUAUUCCCGUCUAUCGAGCUGAUUUAUAAUUUAUUUCUUCAAAAAAAAAAUUUGAGUCUUCGUGAUUGUACUGUUUACAUUUUUGUUAUUCUUCUCUUUUGUGGAAUAUGUUAGCUUGCAGUUGGUUUUAGACAAGGACAUAUGAACUUUCCAGUAAAACAACCAAAAUGUAUAAAAAUCGAGAAUUCAACACAAAAGACUUUUCACCUACCCUUUCCAACUUCAAGAAGACUUGGUAGAAAAACUAUUAGUGAGUCAACUUGAUUUAAUUUAUCUUUAUGCAAUAUAUUAUAUAAUUAUGUAUAUAUAAAUAGAUGGUCAUGCAAGUAUGCAACCAUAAUACCAUCUCAAAUUUUCAUCUCUGCUUUUUCAUUGUUAAUAUUCAGCCAAACUAUCAUAAAUAGAAGAAAAAAAAUGAAAGGCUCUUGGAAUUCAAGGAGUAUCAUUCAUAUUACUCUUCCUUCUCUUCUCUUUUUCAUUUAUAAUUUCACGGCCGUGUUUACAGCUCCUGCUCGACACUUGUGUCAUCCUGUACAAAGAGAUGCACUUCUCAAGUUCAAGAACGAGUUUGAGAUAAAGAAACCUUGUUUGGACGGCAUUCGUCCCAAGACGGAUUCAUGGGCAGUUAAUAUUGACUGUUGCGAUUGGGAUGGUAUCACAUGUGAUACCAAGUCUUGGGAAGUGAUCGAGCUAGACCUUAGUCGCAGCUGCCUCCAUGGUCGGCUUCAUUCCAAUAGCAGUCUUUAUAAGGUUAAAAACCUAACCACUCUCGACCUCUCACACAAUUAUUUUAGUGGUCACAUCUCACCUUCUAUUGGAAAUUUUUCUCAUCUUACCAUUCUCGACCUUUCUAAAAAUUAUUUUAGUGGUUGGAUCCCUUCUUCAGUUGGAAAUCUUUCACAUCUUACCAUUCUUGAUCUUUCUGGUAAUGAUUUCAUUGGUGAGUUGCCAUCUUUUGGCAGUAUGAACCAGUUGAACCUCUUAAGCGUUGAAUUCAAUAAACUUAGUGGCAACUUCCCACAUUCCCUUCUCAAUCUUGAAAUGUUAUCGGAUUUAUAUCUCUCCCACAAUCAAUUUACUGGCACACUUCCUUCUAACAUGAGUUCACUCUACAACUUGGAGUACUUUGAGGCAUGGGACAACUCUUUUAGUGGAACUCUUUCUUCUUCUCUAUUCACUAUUCCUUCUUUGACUUAUGUUGAUUUGAGAGAUAACCAACUCAAAGGUACUCUUGAAUUUGGCAAUAUAUCUUCACCAUCUAAACUAACAUCAUUAGUCCUUGGCGAUAACAACUUCAUAGGACCAAUCCCAAAAUCCAUUUCCAAAUUAGUAAACCUUCAAGACCUUGACCUUUCUCGUUUAAACACUCAAGGCCCGGUUGACUUUAGUGUCUUCUCGAAUCUCAAGUUGCUUCAACUUCUUAAUAUAUCCCAUUUAAACACCCCCACUACUGUUGACUUGAAUGCAAUCUUACACUCGAAUCUCAAGUCAAUCUUUUUACUGGAUCUCUCUGGGAACCAUGUUUCAACCACCAACAAAAGUUCAGGUGUGAAUCAUCAUUUGCAAAUGAUAAGCCAGUUGUACAUGUCAGGAUGCGGUAUCACCGAGUUUCCUGAGCUCUUAAGAACCCAAAAAAAAUUGAUGAAUCUUGACAUUUCCAACAACAAAAUCAAAGGUCAUGUUCCUGGAUGGCUAUGGACACUACCAACUUUGAAUUUUGUGGAUCUUUCCUACAACAUGUUCAUUGGUUUUGAAAGAUCAACGAAACUUGGACUAUCUAUGCAGUACUUGGUUGGCUCAAAUAACAAUUUCACGGGCGAGAUUCCCUCUUUCAUAUGUGAUAUGCGCUCUCUAAUCACUCUUGAUUUGUCUAGCAAUAACCUCAAUGGUGCCAUCCCUCAUUGUAUGGGAAACCUCAAGAGCAAUCUUUCAUUUUUAAACCUUCGUCAGAAUCAUCUUAGUGGAGAUCUUCCAAAUAACACAUUUGCAAGUCUAAGGUCGCUUGAUGUCGGGCAUAACCAACUCACGGGUAAGCUUCCAAGAUCUUUGAUCCAUUUCUCAACUCUUGAAGUUUUGAAUGUGGAAAGCAACAGAAUCAGUGACACCUUUCCUGUCUGGUUGAGUUCCCUAAAACAUCUUCAAGUUCUUGUCUUACGCUCCAAUGAAUUUCAUGGACCGGUACAUCAAGCCUCAUUUCCUACGUUGAGAAUCAUAGACGUAUCAGAUAAUCACUUCAAUGGAACUUUGCCUUCAAAUUACUUUGUGAACUGGAGUGCCAUGUCAUCACUUAAGGCUAACGAAGAUCGGUCUAAAGAAAAGUACAUGGGAGAUUCUUUUGGCUAUUAUCAUGACUCAAUGGUUUUGACGAAUAAAGGUAUAGAGAUGGAGCUGGUACGUAUUCUUAAAAUCUACACCGCACUCGACUUCUCCGGAAACAAGCUUGAAGGAGAGAUUCCACGGUCCAUCGGUGCAUUAAAAGAGCUUCAUGUGCUCAACUUAUCAUACAACGCUUUCACCCAUCACAUCCCAUCAUCUAUGGGAAACUUGACAGCUCUCGAGUCACUGGACGUUUCCCAAAACAAGCUUUCCGGAGAAAUUCCACAAGAGCUAGGGAGCCUCUCGUAUCUUUCCUACAUGAACUUUUCUCACAAUCAGCUUGUUGGUCUAGUACCAGGAGGCACUCAGUUUCGGAGACAAAAGUGCUCUUCGUACGAGGAGAACUCUGGACUCUUUGGUCCGGCUCUCGAUGAAGUUUGCAGAGAUAUCCACGCGCCUGCACCACAGCAGCAUGAAAAGUCGAAGCCAGAGGAAGAAAAAGAAGAGGUGGUGAGUUGGGUGGCAGCUGCGAUAGGAUUUGGACCUGGUGUUGUAUUUGGAUUGACGAUUGGGUACAUAUUGUUCUCAUGCAAACAAGAGUGGUUCAUGAACGUUUUUGGUCGAAACGAACGCAGAAGCUCCACAAUGCUAAAGGCUAAAAGCCGUUUUAAAACCCAAGCUGCUCGAAGAGGACAAUGAAUCAACCAAACCAAGUAAACUGCAGAGAAAGAAGCUUGCGGAGAAAGCAACCUAGCUCCCAAUAUUCUCGUUUUUGUUUUGAUAAAAAUAUUCUGGUUUUGUAUGUAGUUUGGUUUAUCAUGGUCUUAGUUUUCACUUUUCCGGCUUCGCUUAGUGAGUUUCUUUUUAUGUUUGUCUCUAUAUUAUGGCAAAAACCUGUUGAUUCAGAACAACA